AUAUCAAUAGCAACCUUAAAAUGUUUGAUCACGUCCUUAAGGUUCCAGAAAGGACAACCUCGAAAUUCUACAGCAGGGAUCAGCCUGGCCCUCAGAGAUGCCUUUCAAGUAAUACUCAUCAGUCAUCCCCUGGGGGACAUGCUCUGAAGCUGAACAGUAGCAGCAGCACUCCUGGCACCAAGCAGUGGGAGAUGGGAUCUCAUCAGAGCAGCUGGUCAACCUCAGGGAAUCCAGGACUUGCCAAGGCAGAGAAUGUUUUGUCCCAGAACCACAUGCAGUUGCAUCAGAAGCCUGAAAAAGUUUCUCAUCCAGGCCAGAUUGCAAGUCCAGGCUCCUUUGCCAAGGUGAAGGACAGUGCCAACUCCUUGUUAAAAGCAGCAGACUAUUCCUCCUCCAGUGAUGAAGUCAGCAGCAGCAGCAGCAGCAGCGAUGAAGAGGACACAAACCACACAAGGCAACUGCUAAGCGGCAGAAUUGCAGAUUUCUCAAGGACAAGGGUACCAGAUGGAAUUGAACUGAAACCCCAAAGCACCGUGGCAGAACAGAAGGAUCAGAUUUUAGUGAAACAAAUUCCAAACACCCAAGAAGGCCUUUGGAGCAUAAACAAUCAGAACUAUCUCCUGCCAGAUCUCCUCCAGCAAAGCCAAAUUACAGAUUCCUCUGUGAACCCGCCACAAGUGCCACUGACUUGCCAGGAACCUCAAAACAAACCUCUGACAAAGAGCCCAUGUGCUGAAAGCCCACCUGCCAAGAGCAGUACAUCCUCCACAACAUCCUUCACAUCAUUCAUAGAUCCAAGACUUCUGCCAAUCACCCCUCCCACCAGUCCAGUAGGACCUUCCUGUAGUUCUCCAUCUAGUGCCAAACCUGAGCCUGUCAGGAGGGAAAAUGCAAGGAAGGGCUCCGUUGUCAAUGUCAAUCCAACCAAUAUCCGCCCACAAAGUGACAGCCCAGAAAUCCGUAAAUACAAGAAGAAAUUCAACUCUGAGGUCCUGUGUGCUGCUCUGUGGGGAGUAAAUUUAUUGGUGGGAACAGAGAAUGGAUUGUGGCUGCUGGACAGAAGUGGGCAAGGAAGAGUUUAUACGCUGAUUACAAGGAGACGGUUCCAGCAAAUGGAUGUUCUGGAAGGACUUAAUGUGCUAAUUACUAUAUCAGGGAAGAAGAAUAAAUUGAGGGUGUAUUACUUGUCAUGGUUGAGAAAUAAAAUUUUGCGCAACGAUCCAGAGGUGGAGAAGCGACAAGGCUGGGUGUCUGUGGGUGACCUAAGGAAUUGUUCUUCUUGUAUUACAGUAAAAUAUGAGAGAAUCAAAUUCCUUGUAAUCGCUUUGAAAAACUCAGUGGAGGUUUAUGCUUGGGCUCCAAAGCCUUAUCACAAAUUCAUGGCUUUUAAGUCCUUUACCUCACUUCAUCACAAACCACUGUCAGUUGACCUGACUGUUGAAAAUGGGCAAAGACUAAAGGUCAUAUAUGGCUCAGUAGUGGGAUUUCAUGCCAUUGAUGUGGACUCUGGAUCUGUGUAUGACUUGUACCUUCCAACACACAUCCAGGGGACAAUUCGCCCACAUGCCAUUAUCAUCCUCCCGAACACCAGCGGCAUGGAGCUCCUGCUCACCUAUGAAGAUGAAGGCAUCUACAUUGAUAUAUAUGGGCAUUUCACAAAGGAGACUGUUCUGCAGUGGGGAGAAAUGCCAGCAUCUGUAGCUUACCUUCAGUCCAAUCAGGUCAUGGGCUGGGGAGAAAAAGCAAUUGAACUGCGCUCUGUGGAAACAGGAAAUCUGGAAGGAGUAUUUAUGCACAAGAAAGCACAGAAGCUAAAAUUUCUAUGUGAAAGAAAUGACAAGGUGUUCUUUGCUUCUGUACAGUCAGGAGGCAGCAGUCAAAUAUACUUUAUGACUCUUGGUCAAAAUGUACUAUUCAACUGGUAAAGCACAUCAAAAUGAAGAAAAUGAAAAAUUCCCUAUAGGUAACAGUGUAAAAUUCUCAGAGGUAAUACACACAAAUUUGCACUUCUUACCUACAAAAAUGUCAUUAUUAACUUAUCAAAAUUCAUAUUCUUUCAGUCUGGAAAGAAUUCCAUUUUCCUGUUGAAGUAUUGCAGACAUGUUUAGUUUGUGUCUCAAAGCAUGUUGCAAACAAAGAUUGUAUUAGGAGACUUCAGUGAAGAAUGUAGCCAAUAUAAGAAGCUCCUGUACUCUGAAGAAUGGACAGUUUCACAGAUGAUGUAAUGUUGGUAUCUUGAACCGAAGUCACUUUUUAUGGACAGCAACAGCUGUAGGUAGAUACAAAAAUACAGUUGGAAUCUAUUUUGAAUUGGGUUUGGACUCAUUUUGCAGUUUAAGCAAGGUGUUAGUGUGUCACUGAGAUGAACUUGAAUGACUUAUCCAAGUCUUACAGCAGUGAAAGAGCAACAGCCUGUGGUGGCUUGAGGGAUCCACCCUCCUUGGACCUUGAGGAAUCAUCCCCUGUGCUGGGUGAACAGGUGUGUUUCAGUAGAGUUAUAAAAAUAGUUAAUGCUGAACAUGUGCCCCAUCUGGGAUUUUUAUAAAUGCAGGGAGGGGACAGACCUUGUGUUUCUCUCAGGAUGCCUGAGCCUAUAGACACAGUUACUGUAGGAUGUAUUGUAAAAACAGUUAAAUAGUCAAAAUCAUAGAUGCAUAAAGCAUUAUGAAAAAGAACCUCUAAGUUUUAUUCACACCUGGGACCCGCACUCAUAUGAAUUGAUUUAAAGGCACUACCCAUGUAUAUAAAUAAGGGCACAAGAGCAGGCACUUUCUUUUCUUCCUUCUUGCUCUUUCACAUAAGUCUUUAUGUACGUGUGUAAAUAUAAUCUUUAAACAAUGGAUGUUAAGAUUAACAAAUGUAUUCUUAAUAUAGUUAUGAAAAUAUCCAAAGAGUUAAUCUAUUAUAAAUAGAAAAUAUAAAUAAUUCCAGGUGCUUUCUAUGCUAAUUACAUCUAAAUAAAGCUGUGUCUUCUAGCGUUAUUGGUGCCAGUGUUUCUGCAUAAACUCUGUUCUCAGGGGCUUAUAAGUUGGCCAUAAAACUAUAGAGAUAUAAUAUAUAUAUUAUAUAAUCAUAUACUAUGAUUCAGUUGUAGGGUUUAAUGUAAUCCUUAUGUAGCUGAUUUUUGGAUGUGCUUUGAAAAUGUAAAGCAUCAAAUGUAAUACAAAAGAGCUCAUUCCAGACAUGAUACAGUAGGGAUAACGCUGUGGGCAAAAGUGAAAUCACUAGUUCCAGUGCUUGAAAACAGGUAUUUUUACUUGAAAUAUUUGAUACUGAAAGGUGCAGGGAAAGUGUGUUGGAAUGUCUGGUCGUCUACCUCAAGGAUGAUGGUUCUAUGUUAACUAAGAGGGCAGAAAGAGUGUUGUUGGAUGUGGUAGCUGCACUGUCCAGUACGUCAGUUCAGGUGCUGACAGUGAUGCUGUGACUGACAGGCGCUCAGAACUGCUGUCCCUGUGUAUGUCAGCAGGGAAUCAAACUAGGGGCUAAUCACCUUUCCCUGUGCUCCCUGUGCUGGCAUCUCACUGCUGCAGGCACAUCAGAGGUGCCUGCACUGUUGCUGUUACGUUUCUGGCUAUAUGGAGGACUGUACUUUCCAAAGUUACUAACCUAGCACUUUUCACAGGCACUAGCUUAUCUCAAAAUGUAUAGUGUUUUUUAAUGAAGUAUUUUCCUUUUAAAUGUUUAACUAACAGAAAAAUAAGCCUAAAGCCAUACUAAAAAAAUGCAGUUAAAUACUCAAAGUGGUUCUUAGUGUAUGUGAGUAAUUAUCUUGUGUGAAGACUUGAAACCUGAAUGGAAAGUGCUUGGGCAGAACUGUGUGACAACAGGAGCUCUGUCUGGUUGUAGCAAUUUUCCUGCCUGUUGCCAGGGCCUGGCUUGGCUCCCUGUGCUGCUGAACAGUUGGGCUCAUUGCAUUUGACUCACAGAACAAACAAUGGGGUGGGGGGAAUAAAAAACAAACAAACAACAAAAACAAACCCCAAAGUCUGUAACAGAACCAGAGAUGAACAUUACAAUUACUAGCAAAAAGCAAGUUGCAGACAAUCAACUUAUCAGCAACUUACUUGCUUUUGACUUAAAAGUCUAAGAGACGGUAAAGGGAGAGCUUUCAUUUUGCACACAGUAGGUGUUGCAAAACUUGCAAAGCUGCUCAUGCUAUAAGUAAUCAGUGAUCCAGGCUGCCUUGUAAUAUUUUUAAUGUGUGCUUAUCUCAGCAGCCUCUGCAUUACAGAGGAUGCAUGUGAAUUUUUUCCCUCCCCUGUUGUGGUGUCAACAGGUAGGAGGCUGAUAUUUUCCUGAUGCUAGCAAAGAACAGUAGGAAUUUAUAAUAACAACCCAUAUCAACAGAUUAAAGAAGCAAAUGUAAUCAGAUUUGUUUAAGUUUACUGUAGCAGAAAAUCGUGACAAUAAGUUGACACGUGACACAAUAAGCUGUGAAGAAGUUUAACUCCAUGCUAAAAGGGAAAAAACCCAAACAACCCCAAGUUCAAGAAAGGGAAUAUGCACUAUUACAUUUGGAUUGUAAUUAUUCAUUCUGUUUCCCUCUAUUAGCUCUUUCUUCUUUCUAGUUACAAUUCAAGGCAGUGAGCUGGAUUUUCGUCUUCUAUUCACUAUAGAAAAACCAUUCAAAAUUUUCCAUACGUAAUUAUGGAAAGCAUGAGGCACCUAGAGGUGAAUGCUUUUGAAGGAUUUAGAAGUGGUAUUGCAAAUAGCAAUAGCAAUUGGAUGCAACAAAGAGAAACUUGUGGGACUGUCUCUCUGUCAAGAGAUAGUCAGAAUGGCUGCAGAUGAGAAAGAGCCCAGAGAUGUUGAAAACAACUGAAAAAAGGGGAAGUGACUGAAGAGGAGGGAAAAGCUGAAGAAAAUAAAUAAGAAUAACUAAAGGGGAGGGAGUGGAUGUCUGGCACAGCAUAUUGCUGUAGGAGGAAUACAAAAGAUUAAAAGAUGUUAAGGAAAAGAAAGCAGCUAAAGAAAUUGAAAGGUACCUGAAAUGAUUGAGGAGAACUGAAUGAGGGAGUCUUUUGAAUAACUGUUCAGCUCAAAGCAAAAGUACAAAGGCCAGAAGAAAAAAAUUCAGUAACCAAGGUUAUCCAGACCUAGUUUUAACUAUGCAAAAUAUAUAUCAGAUUUGUAAUUACAUUUUGUGAGGUGUUUUCACUAGCUGUACCCUUUCACUAACUUUUAAAACCAAGGAGUGAACUGCUUAAUGUGUUUUUCUAGUGAUGUCACUUUGACAUGAAAAAAUGCUACAGGGGCAGAAUGUUAAGGAUCCAUGUCAUUAACCCUUUGGUACAUGCAGUCUCCUGCAGGUGGUGCUCAUAAUGUUGCAUUUGCCACACAAGGUUGUGCUAAUGCUGCAGCAAUGUAGAACUGUGUGUAUGUGCCUGCUUUCAUUUUAGGCAUGGUGAACUCUCUUCUGCAGCCUGAACCUUGGCACAUGACUUUAGAACCUGGGAACCAUGCAAGUUAUGUACUGUACACUAUGUAUUUUUCUCUAAUGUUGAAAUUGUACAAUUGAAACAGUAAUAAAAAUACUCUGAAAGUCAAAA